UAGAGGCUAGAGGCUCUCCUCAUAUAUCAAGUCGACAGAUGCCUAAAUUCUGCUGCACUGAACCCUUCAGUUAAGUUUUAGGGAACACUGCAGUCUGACAAAAGGUGUUUGGAUCUAACUGAGCGGUUUGGCUAACAGAGAGGGUGUUAUUGGCAAGCUCCUUAACCUUUCCAUUCCCUGGACUUGAUCAGCAACCAAGUGAUUCAGGCACCAUACCAAAAAUAAGACCAGCAAAGGAAAAGGGGUUGGGGAGCCAGGCAAAGUCGGAGAUGUCAUAGAGGGGUUUUUGUUGUGCUUGGUUUUCAGUCCAAAAAAAAUUUUUUUUCAGGGAGCUCUCAAAGAAAGAGACGUUGGCAAGAAUGAUGUAGAUAUUCCAAAAGGAUGCGUUUCUCUUUUGCAGCAAAAUUCACAGAGUUUCCACGGAAUGUGACGGCAAUCGAGGGGCAGAAUGUGGAGAUGUCCUGCGCUUUCCAGAGCGGCUCGGCCUCAGUGUACCUGGAGAUCCAGUGGUGGUUCCUGCGGGGGCCCGAGGACCUGGAGGCGGGGGCUGAGGUGGCCAGCGCGCAGGUGGAGCUCUUACCCGAGAGAGAUCCAGACAACGACGGGACCAAGAUCAGUACAGUGAAAGUCCAAGGCAAUGACAUCUCUCACAAGCUUCAGAUUUCCAAAGUGAGGAAAAAGGAUGAAGGCUUAUAUGAGUGCAGGGUGACCGAUGCCAAUUAUGGAGAGCUUCAGGAACACAAGGCCCAGGCCUACUUGAAAGUCAACGCCAACAGCCACGCUCGGAGGAUGCAGGCCUUCGAAGCCUCGCCCAUGUGGCUGCAAGACAUGAAGCCUCGCAAGAAUGUCUCCUCGGCUGUUCCCAGCAGCAUUCACAGCUCUGCCAACCAGCAGCGUGUGCACCCCACCUCCAGCCCUCAAGCGGUAGCCAAAAUCCCCAAACAAAGUCCACAAUCAGGUGCGAGGAUAGCUACAAGCCAUGGACUUUCUGUCCUGCUUCUUGUUUGUGGCUUUGUGAAGGGUGCUUUGCUUUAAUCUAAAGUGCUGACUUUUUUCCAAUAUCACUUUCUCUUCUUAAAGCAAAGAGCAAAUCGCCUGUAAAAUCUACGGAGCGGACAGCAAAGUUGACCCUAA